GGAUACGCCCAUUGUGACGUACCCGCGCCGAGUCUCAUGACAGUAGUUGUCAGCUGGUAGAAUUCUGUGGUCUUUUCUUAUGUAUGUUUACUAUAUGUUUAUCUCGCAUAUGCAAGCUUUCAAACACGUCCGACGCCAGCCAGCCGAAUGAAGAUGUUGUCUCGUUUGCUGAAGGAGCAUCAGGCGAAGCAAAACGAGCGUAAGGAGCUGCAGGAGCGGCGCAGGCGUGAAGCUAUUUCCGCAGCCACCUGUCUCACGGAAGCUCUGGUGGACCAUCUCAACGUUGGAGUUGCCCAGGCCUACGUAAAUCAGCGCAAGCUCGACCAUGAGGUGAAAACACUCCAAGUGCAGGCCGGUCAGUUCUCCAAGCAAACUGCACAGUGGAUCAACAUGGUGGAGGGUUUCAAUCAGGCCCUAAAAGAAAUUGGCGAUGUGGAGAACUGGGCCCGAAGUAUUGAGAUGGACAUGAGGACCAUCGCUACAGCUCUGGAAUACGUACACAAGGGCCAGCUUCAGUCGGCACCCUCUUAGAUGUUUCUGUAAAUGUCUGAAGGAGGGUUGGCCUGACACAUAAGUAUAUACAACAGUCACCAAGGGACUACAGAGAAAGGUAGUACUUCAUACUACACUACUUAAUGUAGCAUGGACACAACUGUUUGACAUCCUUUCACACAAUACUACUGAAAAAGCAGCUAUUUUGUCUGUUUCAUGCUUUAAAGCAAUAUUCUGCAAUUAUGCUUGUCAGUAUGAAUGGGUUGUCAAUAUACAAUAUCAACUGUAAAGUUUGGGCUGUGAUUAUUUUUUUAAUA